AUGAGUCAUAAACCUAAUUUUGCUGAAAAGACGAAAGUCGGAAACCAUAUAUUGCUGUCUCCAGGCGGUAACCCGCUGAUACGAAUAUGGACAGCUUUAAGCUGGGUUUUCUCCGAGUUGAGACGAAUAUGGCCAGCUUUAAGCUGCGUUUCCACCGGUGUUGCCUCUGUUGAGACGGGAAAAGCGACCGUAUGUCCAAUAAAUUUAGUUGUCCCAAUUGAGAUAGAUCGCGAUGGCUUGCAGCAGUGA